UUUUCAUAGAAUACCCUUCACGUAAAGUUCACCUCUGACCCGGAACCUGUAUUUGAUUACUCCGCCUGCCCCCCCACCAACAUUUGCAGACUGCUGCCAUGGUCGGGUUUUACAGGCCUGUGUUCAUCGGAAUUUUGGUGUUUUCUACCUUACAGAUGCAGACGAUUCCGGCUUUACCUGCCCUCUGAGGGUGUGACUGCAACCAGGAGUAGAGUAACAGACGUGUGAACAACAUGGCGUUCAAGGCUCCUGGACCACCGCGUACCUGUGGACAGGGCUCAGGACACACUGGGAAUGCAGACCAAGGCAUAGUACUUAUGGACGCCGAUGGAGGUGCCCGUGUUCUCCGCCUAGUCUCCGGGGACAAUCGCCGAGCUCUGGCGGGCAGGAACACAGCAACACCCGCCGAAAGUCGAAGAGACGCCCGUCCACCUGACGGACUCGUUCCGAAUCUCAUUGCCCCUCCGUCGCACCAACCAGGGACCUUUCAAGCACCGGGAAGUCACUACAGUUCUUCUGUCUGGAACGAGCCACUGACAUCAUCUGCAGCUGUACGGAUGGGACAAACAUCGUGUCCUCCUCUCCAUGUUACAUCGCCAACACAUCCUACGGCUGUUAAUCCGUCAAUGUGGACCCAACCUACGCAGGAGAUGCAGAGUCAAAAGGCGUUCCCUGGUCUCAUGUCCCAAAUCUUGGAGAGCGGGAGUCAUAGUAGCAGCAAGACGAAGGACUUUCGACCAGAAGCGGGCAUGAACAACUACGGGAAGUCUGUUCCAAAUAUUGCCCUAGAUUUAGAUGCGCAUGAGAAACAACAGGAUCCUCCCAAAAUGUCUAUCAGUGAAGAGUUUGGUAACGUAAGCAUAUAUCCUUUUGGUAAUUACGAUGCAGCCGUUGGCGAGUCACACAACUUAGACGGCAAAAUCACAACGACAGUCAAGAAAGAAAACGGGGCACCAAACUGGUCAAACCAGAUAAAAUCAGAGGCUGAUGAUGUUGAAAGUAACCAGCAAGAGGCUAACGGAAAAGCAACGGGAACAUUUCGAAAUCUGUGCGUCAUAUGCGGGGCGAGGUAUCGUACCAAAGGUGGUUUGCACUCUCACACCAUUUACAAACACAGCGAUGCGAGACCUUACAGUUGCGAGAUGUGCGGAGCGACGUUUAAGGUCCACAGUAAGUUGACGCGUCACAAAGUAGAGAAACACUGUGAUGACCGGCCCUAUAUCUGCCUGGUGUGCGGCGUCAGCUUUAAGCGUAAGGACAAGCUCGGACGGCACAAGCGGACGCUACACAGUGGGGAGCGACCAUACGUAUGCGGCACGUGCGGAAAAGCGUUCAAAAGAAAAGAAGUGCUUCGGCAUCACGAGUACAAACAUUCCUACGGUGACCGUUUGCCGUACGAGUGUCUGGAAUGUAGGAAGAGGUUUGGGAGGAAGGACAAGAUCAAUGCGCACAUGAGGAAGGAGCACGGAGCGAAACGCAGUGUGAACAUCGAGCUCUACAGUAAAGAGUUCUCUUCGCUGCAAUCAUCGUGUUCAUAGAAAAAGGGAUGAAAAUAGAUUCUCCUAUCUAGUCACCU